AUUUUAGGGGUCAUAUGGAAACCUGUAAUGUAUAUAUACAAAUAUGUAUAAACAAACAUCUCAAUGCUCAAUGUGUAUGUCAACGAAUACUCGUGAUUAGAAUGAAGUACACGAAAAAAUUAAAAAAAGAUUUUUUAAGUUAAACAAACAAUUCAUUUAGCACGACGCUUUUUGGAAAGCUGAAUCACUGCUUGAUGUCGGCAACAACCGGUUUUAAUUGAAUAUAAUAUCUUUUCAGAAUGCAAUAAAUUUGUUCAUUAAGCAGUUAUGCCAAUCAAUUACAUGGCGAAUCAAAUAAAUGUAAAUGUAAU